UGUUUUCAGCAUUAAACUUGAUCUGAUCGUGUCAUUGUCUUCAUAGAGCUUGUACCCACAAUAUAGAGACGAAACAUAAUGGAAAAAUAUGGCGUAUUAAGUGUCCUACUUUCGAUCAUUGAUGCAUACUGCUCUGGAGCUAAUAUUUCGUUGAAUUGUGGAAACGCCACUUGCUCAUACGAUAGUACUGUAUGGACUUACAGGUCCAAGGAUUGUGAUGAAAAUAAAAUGAACGUUUCAUUUCAAUGUAAACAAAAACCUUUUUGGACCUUUACUGCGAUUUGUUCAAAUCAAAGUCAGUUAUGGGAAGAAUCAACUCCAUUGUUCUGUUCGUCCCAUUUGUCAACAUCAAGCCCAAGCACAACUUCAACCACAACAACGAGCCCACAACCAAAAACAACCCAGACAACCACCACAAAGAGCCCACAACCAACAACAACCCAGACAACUACCACAAAGAGCCCACAACCAACAACAACCCAGACAACCACCACAAAGAGCCCACAACAAACAACAACCCAGACAACCACCACAAAGAACCCACAACCAACAACAACCCAGACAACCAUCACAACGAGCCCACAACCAACAACAACCCAGACAACCUCCACAACGAGCCCACAACCAACAACAACCCAGACAACCACCACAAAUAGCCCACAACCAACAACAACCCAGAAAACCUCCACAACGAGCCCACGACCAACAACAACCCAGACAACCUCCACAGAGAGCCCACAACCAACAACAACCCAGAAAACCUCCACAAAGAUCCCACGACCAACAACAACCCAGACAACCUCCACAGAGAGCCCACAACCAACAACAACCCAGACAACCACCACAAAAACCCCACAACCAAUAACAACCCAGAAAACCUCCACAACGAGCCCACAACCAACAACAACCCAGACAACCACCACAAAGAGCCCACAACCAACAACAACCCAGACCUCCACAACGAGCCCACAACCAACAACAACCCAGACAACCACCACAAAGAGCCCACAACCAACAACAACCCAGACAACCACCUCAACAAGGAAAACAAGUACAACCAGUCCUCCCCCGGAAAUAUCAAAAGUAACCACAUCCCCAGCACUGUGCAAUCUGGACAAACUGAUGUCCAAGUUUAAGUCCAACCUUAACGUUGUCCUUGAAGGAACAUCGAAAAAGCAAAAUUUUCAAGUAGGAGACAAGCUGAAUUUUAAAUGUGCCAAAGAUACCCGGUUUAUGAAUGGUUCUUUGGAGCAAGAGUGUGGAUCUGGCGGAUCCUGGGAAAAGGAAAUACCUUACUGUCAAAGUAAGUAA